AUGCGGAACCUGCUACUUCCCCCCGUCAUCCUCCUCCUCUCAAGUUGGCGAGCCGCUCGUGCUCAGAAGUGUCAGCCGAUCACACACGAGAUGUGCAUUGAUCUACCGUACAAUCUGACGAGUUUUCCCAACAUGGUCGGCGAAGAGAAUUACAAAGAUGCUUCGGAAUCGAUAUCGACAUAUAAGGCAUUAUUAUCAGUGGUGUGUUCGGAGCAGCUCAAAUUCUUCCUCUGCUCCGUUUAUUUCCCGAUGUGCAAUGAGAAAAUCGCCCAAUCGAUCGGACCGUGUCGGCCAUUAUGCCUAUCAGUCAAAGAGAAAUGUCUGCCCGUCCUGGAAGGGUUCGGCUUCUCGUGGCCCGAUGCAAUUCGCUGUGAGAAGUUCCCAUUGGAGAAUAAUCGCGAUAAGAUGUGCAUGAAAGGGCCGAACGAGGAAGGGACCAUUCAGCACGAGAAGCCCGUCGAAUUGUUCGACGAGACCAACGACAAACUCGUCGCCCGCCACUGCACCAUCGACGAGGUGUUCGUGAAGAAGUCCGGCAAAUGUGUGCCAUUAUGCACCGGCACACAAAGGAUCGCUCAAGUUGAGAGAGAUGCCGCCACAAAACUUUUGCUUUUCUUGGCGUCGUGUUCGGUGAUUCUCACGCUCCUCUCGACGUUCAUUGUCAUCAUAUCCAGAUUCGGCGCACUCAACACCAUCGCCGACGUUUCGCUGUUCUUUGCCAGCGUCUCGUUCGCCGUCAGCGCCGUUGUCUACAUUUUCAGCAUUUCGUUCAGAGAACAGGUGUCGUGCACAGACUACACCCAUCACCUCCUUUUCGUCAUUGGCGGCCUCUCACAUGUUCCUUGCUCGUCUGUCGGUUCGUUGAUCUACUACUCGUCGACGUGCGGACGCUUCUGGUGGCUUUUGCUGUGCUUCACGUGGAAUCGAGCGACGAGAACCUCACAAAUGCUGGAGGAAGCCACUUCGCGAAUCCAUAUGUUAGUCUGGGGCAUUCCAUUGGGUCCUUUGAUGCUUGCCCUUCUAGCGAUGUCGAUUUCAGCGAAUCCCCUGACUGGCAUCUGUAUGGUUGGAGCUUCAUCGAAUGCAACUGACUGGAUCUUCAACUUCAUGCGUGAGCUCAUUUUGUUCGUCGUUUGCACAUUCGCGUUGACCGCUGAUUGCUGCCGACUGCUCGGCUCCGACUUCUCGGAAGUCAACAGUUUCGCCGGCAUCAUCGCCGCCUUCUACCCCAUCUCGGCGCUAUUCUACAUGCUCUCAUUCGUAAACGAAGCCGCUCAGCCAGCAGUGAGCACCUACUCGAAGACGUUCAACAUCGUGUCGUCGUUGAAGUUCUCGUUCGAUCUCGUCCUCUCAUUGAUCAUCACCACCUUGUGCUUCAUCUAUUUUCUGUCGAGGAUCUCGAAAUCGCCGAACUCGAAGGCGUCGAAGGAGGGUUAUCAGCCGGCGGUGCCGAAUCUUCCGCAGCCGGCGAUUCCAGUCGCUGCCCGAUCCAACACCUACGCGUCCACGUUUCGGACCAAUAUGAUCUGA